CAUACUCUCAUCUCAAAAAAACCUAACCCUAAAAAACGCAGCUAAAGAGAAUAGUGAUCACAACGGCGCUUUUUGCUUGGAGCGUAUUAGAAAUUCAAGAAAGGUAAAGCAGAUCAGAAAUUCGAGCAAGUUAAAGCACAUCAGAAAUUCGAGUAAGUUAACGGUGAUAUUAGGUGCAGUUGAUUGAGACAGUAUUUAAAACACUUCAUACUCCAGUAAUUUGGUCCUCCUCUUCUCAAACCUUCCUCAAGUGAAUCAUUUAGAGUUCAGUUAAUUUUACAUUAUUAUCUACCCAAAUUUGUUCGAAGACAGGGACCCACACCAACCAAUUCCUAUGGCUCCAUCCUCUUCAAGAAGGGGCCCAAAGCCAAAACCCAAUGCUGCAGAACCAUCUCAUCAGGAAUCAACCAAAAGGGUACUUUCGUCCAAAAAUGUCACCACCAAGAAAAUAGCAAGAACUCCACUUCCAUUAUCAAGAACAACCGAGCGCGAGAAGACUAAACAGCCCCUGAAAAAUUUUAAAAACAGUCACAACGAAUCCAAUAAGAAGAAAACACAUAUCCCUCCAAUUUCUGAAUACGAGGAGAAAAGAACCAAACAACGUCGUUUUGACUACAAUGCAACACCUUCUUCAAGCAACAGAAACGACGAACGCAAGAAAAAGAAUGAAAUCACUACCGUCUACGAAAACGCGGCGUCGUUUCCUUCCAAUGACGUGGCACGAGAGAAAGUAAGAAAACUACUGAAGCUCUUCCAUGGCAUGCGUAGACUCUUCUCCAUAUUAUCUCCUUUCGAAACGGCAAAGACUCUUAAAGAUCGAGGCAAAUUCCUAAACGACAGAAAAGUGUUUAUAGGAAAAGUCCCCGGAGUUGAAGUUGGCGACGUUUUUCAAUAUUGGAAUGAACUAAACAUCAUUGGCCUCCACCGUGAAAUGAAAUAUGAAAAGUACAUCGAUCACGUGAUCAGGGACCGAAAAAGGAUUGCUACUAGCGUCGUUUACGACGGUUUAGAUGAUGACGGAUUGGAACAUAAUGAAGUUUAUAUUUCUACUGAGUUAAGAGAAAAUGCUGAAUUAUUAGUUAAUAGCUUUAAUGUUAAAAAUGACAUUAGAGUUAUAAUUAAGUGUUUUUUGAAGAAUAGUGGUCGCUGCGGCAUGGAUGUUUAUUGUUAUUAUGGUCUUUAUAAGGUUAAACGAUGUGGAAGAGAAAGGAUGGUUUAUACAUUUUGUUUGGUUCGAAACUCUGGUCAGGAAGAGGUUGCAUGGAAUGUAUUGAUGAAAUAUGGAAUUGAUGGAAUUAGAAAAGGUUUAAUUGUUGAAGAUAUUUCUCGUCAGAGAGAGGCUGUUCCUAUAUGUGUGAUUAAUACUGUGGAUAAAGAGAGGCUUACAGUUGAAUCUUUUGUUUACAAGACUAAAAUGAUUUAUCCUAAUUGGUGUAAACCUAUUCCAGUUCCUCAUCUAGGGUGUGAUUGUGAAGGUAAAUGUGGAGAUUCUGCGAAGUGUUUAUGUGCUGUGAGGAAUGGUGGGAAAAUUCCAUAUAAUAAGAAUAAUGUUAUUGUGGCAUCAGGGGGUGUGAUUCAUGAGUGUGGUCCUUAUUGUAAGUGUAGUGCAGAUUGUCCUAAUAGAGUGAGUCAAAAAGGGAUUAAAUUUAAUCUUGAGAUAUUCAGGACUGAAAGAAAAGGGUGGGGUGUGAGGUCACGUGACACAAUUCCAGCUGGUAGUUUUAUUUGUGAGUAUAUAGGUGAGGUUAUUGAAGAUGAUGAAGUUGACAAAAGGGUUGAUAAUGAUGAGUAUUUGUUUAGUAUUGGUGAUUAUCAUAUGGAUGAUAGUGUGUUGAAAGAGGCUUCAAAUAUGAUUAAUGAUGAUGAGGAUGAGGAUGAGGAUGAGGAUGAGGAUGAGGAUGGUGGUGAUGAAGAGGUUCUUGUGGAUGAGAGUGGUAAUGAAAACAAUGGUGGGUUUACUAUUGACGCUGCUUAUUACGGUAAUGUAGCGAGAUUUAUUAACCAUAGCUGUUCUCCUAAUUUGUUUGGUCAGAAUGUUCUUUAUGAUCACGAUGAUGGAAGGAUUCCACACAUCAUGUUAUUUUCAGCUGAGACCAUUCCGAAAAUGACGGAGUUGACUUACCAUUAUCAUUACAAGAUAGGUCUUGUGCUGGAUGGCAAUGGGAAUGUUAAGACGAAGAACUGCUAUUGUGGUGCCUUUGAGUGCGGUGGCAGGUUGUAUUAAUCACUGCUAGAAAAGGGGAUUAAUUAUGUCGGUUAUUGAAUAUUCGAGAUGCUGCAGUGGAGUUGCAAAUGAUAUUUAAGCCUUGGUGUUUUUUGCUUUCAGUUAACAGACAAGUAUUAUACUUUUAAAUUUUAGUUUCCUUGCAAUGUGCAGCAACAUUGGAUAUAUUCAGGAGUUUAAUUAUUUGUGUUUUACAUUUUCCUUGA